AUGGGAAAAUUCACCUCCGUGAACACAUACUGCUGUGUGUCUGUGGUUGUGUAUCUGUGGUUGUGUGUCUGUGGUUGUGUAUCUGUGGUUUGUGUCUGCGGUUGUGUAUCUGUGGUUGUGUGUCUGUGGUUGUGUGUCUGUGGUUGUGUAUCUGUGGUUGUGUAUCUGUGGUUGUGUGUCUGUGGUUGUGUAUCUGGGGUUGUGUGUCUACGGUUGUGUGUCUGUGGUUGUGUAUCUGGGGUUGUGUGUCUGCGGUUGUGUGUCUGUGGUUGUGUGUCUGUGGUUGUGUAUCUGUGGUUGUGUAUCUGUGGUUGUGUGUCUGCGGUUGUGUAUCUGUGGUUGUGUAUCUGUGGUUGUGUGUCUGUGGUUGUGUGUCUGCGGUUGUGUAUCUGUGGUUGUGUGUCUGUGGGUCUGUGGUUGUGUAUCUGUGGUUGUGUAUCUGUGGUUGUGUAUCUGUGGUUGUGUGUCUGUGGUUGUGUGUCUGCGGUUGUGUGUCUGUGGUUGUGUAUCUGUGGUUGUGUAUCUGUGGUUGUGUGUCUGUGGUUGUGUGUCUGUGGUUGUGUGUCUGUGGUUGUGUAUCUGUGGUUGUGUAUCUGUGGUUGUGUGUCUGCGGUUGUGUAUCUGUGGUUGUGUAUCUGUGGUUGUGUGUCUGUGGUUGUGUGUCUGCGGUUGUGUAUCUGUGGUUGUGUGUCUGUGGGUCUGUGGUUGUGUAUCUGUGGUUGUGUAUCUGUGGUUGUGUAUCUGUGGUUGUGUGUCUGUGGUUGUGUGUCUGCGGUUGUGUGUCUGUGGUUGUGUAUCUGUGGUUGUGUAUCUGUGGUUGUGUGUCUGUGGUUGUGUGUCUGUGGUUUGUGUCUGUGGUUGUGUGUCUGUGGUUGUGUAUCUGUGGUUGUGUAUCUGUGGUUGUGUGUCUGUGGUUGUGUAUCUGUGGUUGUGUGUCUAUGGUUGUGUAUCUGUGGUUGUGUGUCUGUGCUUGUGUAUCUGUGGUUGUGUGUCUGUGGUUGUGUGUCUGUGGUUGUGUGUCUGUGGUUGUGUAUCUGUGGUUUUGUGUCUGUGGUUGUGUGUCUGUGGUUGUGUGUCUGUGGUUGUGUGUCUGUGGUUGUGUAUCUGUGGUUUUGUGUCUGUGGUUGUGUGUCUGUGGUUGUGUAUCUGUGGUUGUGUGUCUGUGGUUGUGUGUCUGUGGUUGUGUAUCUGUGGUUUUGUGUCUGUGGUUGUGUGUCUGUGGUUGUGUAUCUGUGGUUGUGUGUCUGUGGUUGUGUGUCUGUGGUUGUGUAUCUGCGGUUGUGUGUCUGCGGUUGUGUGUCUGUGGUUGUGUAUCUGUGGUUGUGUAUCUGUGGUUGUGUGUCUGUGGUUGUGUAUCUGUGGUUGUGUAUCUGUGGUUGUGUGUCUGCGGUUGUGUAUCUGUGGUUGUGUGUCUGUGGGUCUGUGGUUGUGUAUCUGUGGUUGUGUAUCUGUGGUUGUGUGUCUGUGGUUGUGUGUCUGCGGUUGUGUGUCUGUGGUUGUGUAUCUGUGGUUGUGUAUCUGUGGUUGUGUGUCUGUGGUUGUGUGUCUGUGGUUGUGUGUCUGUGGUUGUGUAUCUGCGGUUGUGUGUCUGCGGUUGUGUAUCUGUGGUUGUGUAUCUGCGGUUGUGUGUCUGUGGUUGUGUGUCUGUGGUUGUGUGUCUGUGGUUGUGUAUCUGUGGUUGUGUGUCUGCGGUUGUGUGUCUGUGGUUGUGUAUCUGUGGUUGUGUGUCUGUGGUUGUGUAUCUGUGGUUGUGUGUCUGUGGUUGUGUGUCUGUGGUUGUGUGUCUGUGGUUGUGUAUCUGCGGUUGUGUAUCUGUGGUUGUGUAUCUGUGGUUGUGUGUCUGCGGUUGUGUGUCUGCGGUUGUGUGUCUGCGGUUGUUUAUCUGUGGUUGUGUGUCUGUGGUUGUGUAUCUGUGGUUGUGUAUCUGUGGUAGUGUGUCUGUGGUUGUGUGUCUGUGGUUGUGUAUCUGUGGUUGUGUAUCUGUGGUUGUGUGUCUGUGGUUGUGUAUCUGUGGUUGUGUGUCUAUGGUUGUGUAUCUGUGGUUGUGUGUCUGUGCUUGUGUAUCUGUGGUUGUGUGUCUGUGGUUGUGUGUCUGUGGUUGUGUGUCUGUGGUUGUGUAUCUGUGGUUUUGUGUCUGUGGUUGUGUGUCUGUGGUUGUGUGUCUGUGGUUGUGUGUCUGUGGUUGUGUAUCUGUGGUUUUGUGUCUGUGGUUGUGUGUCUGUGGUUGUGUAUCUGUGGUUGUGUGUCUGUGGUUGUGUGUCUGUGGUUGUGUAUCUGCGGUUGUGUGUCUGUGGUUGUGUGUCUGUGGUUGUGUAUCUGUGGUUUUGUGUCUGUGGUUGUGUGUCUGUGGUUGUGUAUCUGUGGUUGUGUGUCUGUGGUUGUGUGUCUGUGGUUGUGUAUCUGCGGUUGUGUGUCUGCGGUUGUGUGUCUGUGGUUGUGUAUCUGUGGUUGUGUAUCUGUGGUUGUGUGUCUGUGGUUGUGUAUCUGUGGUUGUGUAUCUGUGGUUGUGUGUCUGUGGUUGUGUAUCUGUGGUUGUGUAUCUGUGGUUGUGUGUCUGUGGUUGUGUAUCUGGGGUUGUGUGUCUGCGGUUGUGUGUCUGUGGUUGUGUGUCUGUGGUUGUGUGUCUGUGGUUGUGUAUCUGCGGUUGUGUGUCCGUGGUGA